UUUACAAUUUUUGAUACUGGCCACUUUUUGCCGAGACGUGGCAUAAGCACGAACAACGUCCACGUUCGCCGCCAUUUUGACAUCCAGCGAGCGAAUUGUGAAGAAUUCAGUAAAGUGAAUCGUUUUUCUUGUUGAAUAUAGUUUAUUGCUCCUGAAAAUACUAUUCAUAAAACAGCAAAAUGGGGAAUAUGUUUGCAAAUUUAUUUAAAGGCCUAUUUGGCAAAAAGGAAAUGAGAAUAUUGAUGGUUGGUUUGGAUGCUGCUGGUAAAACCACAAUUCUAUAUAAACUUAAAUUAGGAGAAAUUGUUACGACUAUUCCCACAAUUGGGUUCAAUGUGGAGACUGUAGAAUACAAAAACAUCAGUUUCACUGUAUGGGACGUUGGCGGUCAAGACAAAAUCAGGCCAUUGUGGAGGCAUUAUUUCCAAAAUACACAGGGUCUCAUCUUUGUAGUAGACAGUAAUGACCGAGAGCGUAUUGGGGAGGCGCGCGAGGAACUCAUGCGAAUGUUAAGUGAAGACGAGUUACGGGAUGCAGUACUUCUGAUCUUUGCAAACAAACAGGAUCUGCCAAAUGCAAUGAACGCAGCUGAAAUCACGGACAAGCUGGGCUUGCACUCCCUGCGUAACCGGCUGUGGUACAUCCAGGCCACCUGCGCCACGUCCGGCGACGGCCUGUACGAGGGGCUCGACUGGCUCUCCAACCAACUGAAGAACGCCAACCGCUAACCGCAGUGCGCCGCUGACUUACAGACAAAUCUGAAUACUGAAAGAGACUAUGGUUUAAGAUAUGUUAACUUUAUUUGCUAAAUACAAUGUAUUAUGUGCGGAAUCAUAAAUGUAUUACUGAUGCGUCACCCGGUGACCGAGCUCGCAUCGCAUUCUCUCCGAACCACUCGCAACCGACCGCCGACCGGGCCGCGUUCCCGCUCAACUGCAUAUGACAGCGUACAAAUAACCAGGGAUCUAAUUCACCAAGUGGUUAUAGGGUCCACAUUCGAGGUGCGUUGUUUGUUCGAUUUCUGUUGACGUUGAACAAAAUAUAGUGUGUAAAUUAAACGCAAAAUUACAAUUUUGUUUAUAAUUAUCAGUAAACGAAGGGAGACACGGUGUACACUGUUGAGUGGUCGCGCAUUGUGAUGUGGAUAGGUAUGUAGCUGACACGUGAUAAAGUGAAUCACAGCAAGCAUAGCAUGUUUUAUAUGUAUACUAUAAUGUGGAAUAAGUUGUCGUAAUAAAGUAUUUAAAGUUAAUUCACUUCUUAUGACUUUAAUUUGUUAGAUAGUGUCCUGUGCAGUCUACACAAAGGAUAAUCCAAGUUAAAGCAGUAAUCCCAUAAUAUGUGUAACCUCUUCGUUGGUCACAGCCUAUACACAUCGCUAUGUGAUUUUGAACUCUUUAUCAUACUAUUGUUUUCCUGUCAUCAAAUAUGUGCAUAAUCCACUUUUAACUUGAGUGACUUAUUGUAUCAAGAUAGUUUAUUUUUUAUGGAAGUUAUGGAUAAGCUGUUAUGUAUUUUACACUUGAAACAGUUCUUAUAGACGGAUCCCGCUCUUGGCUCGUUGCGACGAACCUGCAUUUACAGUGGACUUCACGUGACGGACCGAGAUUAUCUUGUAAUUUAGGUAUAAUAUGUAAUGAACACUCAUUUUGAGAAGUGUUUCCGUUUGCAGGGAAACAGUGCUCAGAAUUCGGUACUUUGCUCUACACAAUUAAUUAUAACUUAGCAUUUUUAUAAUAAUUUAGGAGAAAUUGUUAAAACACAUUUCAGAGGACGACAAAGAUAUGUGGCAAGCGUGGUGAAUAGAUUUUUUUUAAUUUUUAUGAAAACAAAAGUUAUGAAAAUUCGAAAUGUGACAUUCCGGUUUGUCUUAAUGCUGUAUUAUGGAAUAAAAUAUCCUCACCAAUA